AUGGACUUUUACAAUAACGCGGUAAUAUUUGUAACGGGAGCCACUGGUUUUGUGGGCAAAACAUUGUUGGAAAAACUACUUUGGAGUUUUCCUCAACUGCAGUGCAUUUAUAUGCUGAUACGCGAGAAAUAUAACAAAAGUGCUGAGCAACGUUUUCAAGAGUUUGUGCAGCAUAAAAUCUUUGAGCGCGUAAGAUCAGCAUAUCCAGAGCGUUUGAAAAAGCUGAAAUUUUUGGCGGGAAAUAUAGAGAGGGAAAAUUUUGGUCUCAGUAAUGUGGACAAGAAAAUGUUGUGUGCUGAAGUCAAUAUUAUUUUCCAUAGUGCCGCCACGGUGCGUUUCAAUGAAAGACUUAAAGUGGCGGCACGUGUUAAUACAGUGGCCACUUGGAAUCUAUUGGAAAUGUGUAAAGAUAUGCCUUUACUAAAGAGUUUUGUAUAUGUUUCGACAGCCUAUUGCAAUCCCGGACGCAAAUAUGUAGAUGAGCAAAUCUAUCCUACUUUACCUCCAGUAAAUUGGAAGCAUUUUGUUGAUUGCACUUUAAAAAUACCAGAUGAAUACUUUAACAGUUUGGCCAACUAUAUAAAGGGACCCCAUCCAAACACUUACACCUUUACCAAAUCCAUAGCCGAGCAAAUAGUCAAUGACUACAAACACUUGAUACCCAUAGUCAUAGUCAGGCCCUCCAUAGUGACAGCCGCUCAUCGUGAACCCUAUCCCGGCUGGAUAGAUAAUAUACAGGGUAUUACCGGCAUAAUGAUGGAAAUCGGUAAGGGUUCCAUAAGCAGCAUUUUGGGAGAUAAAAAUGUUAUAUGCGACAUAAUACCGGUAGAUUUUGUGGUCAACUCUAUGAUAUUGACAGCGCCAAGGGCUAUAAAAAGAACAGUUUAUAUAUCCAACUCUACAUCGGGUGCCACCAAUCCCAUUACCUGGCAGCAAUUGGGUAACUUAACGCUGAAAUGGUCACGCAUUUAUCCCACCAAGAAACUGCUUAUGUAUCCCUAUUUUAAAUAUCGCAAAAGUUAUUUUUUCCAUGACAUGGCUGUCUAUUUGCUGCACUAUAUACCGGCCAUAUUAAUGGAUAUUUCAACACUGUUGCAGGGCGGCAAGCGCCGCAUGGUAUUGCCCAUAGCCAAAAAGUUUAGGCAAGCUUGUUUGGCCGGCAAAUGUUUUUCUCUUAACGAAUGGAUAUUUUUGAAUAGCAGCCGCUAUUAUUUUGCCGAUACUGUCAGUACAGGCUUAUAUGCUAGUCUGGAUUGGAAUUUACAAUCCUUGAACUAUGACACUUAUAUACGACAAUUUGUUAUGGGCAUACAAAAGUAUUUGCAUCAUGAACAGAUGGAAACACAUGGAAAUUCGAAUAAGUUUAAGAUAACCAGAUUGUAUUGGUCUUGGAUUUUUGUGCAUACCUUCAUGAUUUUAAUGUUGCUGUAUAUUUUAUUUGCCCAAUUCACAACUGGUGUUGUAGCGUUGUAUCGUUGUAUGUCGUAA